CUUCUACUACUACACCUGCUGAAAACACAACAAUCUUUUUUAGUUUUGAGUAUAAAAACAAAUUAGUAAACAAUAAUGGAAAAUGGAAAAGUUGCUGUGGUAAAGCCUCAAAGUGAAGCGAGGCUUGCCAUUUUGGAACUUGCACACAUUAUGAGUGUUCCUACGUCCCUUAAUGCUGUUCUCAAAAUGAAAGUACCUGAAGCCAUCUGGCAAGGUGGAAAGAACACUCCACUCUCUGCCUCUCAGAUUCUCUCCAUAGUUCGUCCCAAUGGCGGAGGAGACGCUGAAAAUCUCCAACGUAUCCUCCGUUUGCUCACAACUUAUACUAUUUUUGUUGAGGACUUGAGCAGCAAUGGUGAAAGGAAGUACUCCCUCACCGAUGUUGGUAAAGCUCUUGUUCCUGAUGAUCAUGGUCUGACCUGUGCAUCAUUUUUCGUCCAGCACCAUCAGGACCCGUACCUGCGAGCAUGGCCGUUGGUGGGAGACGCGGUGGAGGAUCCAACUGUGGAACCGUUCGAGAAGCUGCACGGAGAAGCAGCAUAUGCAUAUUGCACGAAGGGACCAGAAGAAAUGAGUUUGUUUUAUGCUUCCAUGUCUGGGAUGUCAUUGCCCUACAUGAGGGAAAUGUUGGAGAAUUAUGAUGGCUUCAAAGGUGUGGAGACUCUAGUUGAUGUUGGUGGCAAUUCUGGUGUGAGUCUCAACAUGAUUAUGAACAAAUAUCCAAACAUACUCAAAGGCAUCAAUUUUGAUCUUCCUGAUAUGAUCUCUUCUGCACCUCAAUAUCCAGGUAUAACACACGUCGGUGGUGAUGCGCUUGAAUCAGUUCCGGCUGGAGAUGCUAUCUUCAUUAAGUGGACAGUGUUAACAUGGACAGAUGAAGAAUUCAAGAAGGCCUUGCAAAGUUGUUACAAGGCUCUUCCGGUGGCCGGAAAAUUGAUUCUUUGUGAACCGGUGUUACCGGAGCAGACCGAUGAGAGUAAAAGAACAAGAGCAUUGUUGGCAGCUGACAUAUGGAUAAUGACAAUGUAUAGAACCAAGGGAAAACACAGAACUGAAGAACAAUUCAAACAACUUGGCAUUUCUGCUGGUUUUAAAAGUUUCCGUGCCUUCCAUAUUGAUCCUUAUUUGCCUGUACUUGAAUUUCAUAAAUGAGCAGAAGAAGGCUUUGAAGUGUGUGGUGCUUUAUGUGAUGAUGGGGAAAAUAAUAAGGAACUUUGAGCUAAGAUGCUAAUUAAUUGGUUACUGUUUCCUUGACUGUGAAUAAAUAUUCACUCAUCAUAAAUUUUCACUUUUGUUUCCCUUAUUUAUCUUUUGCUUUAAUAAAUAAAAUUUAUCUUUCGCGUUAGGUUCACCAUUGCAACCAACGGGAAUUGGGUAAUUAGGUUGAGAAAUGUUCAAAUUUCAACCGAAAAUGACCACUCUGUGAAUCUUUUCUUGGUGGUCGUUGUGGCCAUCAAUGUGUAUAGAGAUUUCAAAUGGGAAAAUAUGUGAGGCGGGAUGAUGGAUUUGAGCUUCAUAUUUGUAGAUGGAUUGAGCAUCCGAGUCCAGUUCAGAACAAUAAUCAUUAGCAAAGUUACUUAAAAAAAUGAUUUAUCUCA